CUCCGGCUCCCCGCGACCCCGCAUAGGACAAGCGGUUUCAGAAAAUGUGUGUGUAAUGACGUUUUUAAUAGCAGUGCUUUCUCUGUUUAAAAAGAAAAACAACACAAUACAAUUGUUUGUCACCACCACAGACUUAUAUAACUUUUUCAUGGUAAAUUAUAAUCUUUGCUGGCAUUUUGACAAACCAUUUCAGGUGUCAGCAUCCCUAUGCAAAUAAUUCAUACAAAACUUCUAACAAAAUUAUACAGCAUCAUUGCAAUAAUCCUGUAAGAAAAUUGCAAUGAGAUUUCAAUUACAAUUUUUAUGGCAUACAAAACACCUUUAUUAUAUAUACGGUAUAUAUAUGCUAUGUUUCAUUAUAUUUAUGCUAUUUUAUAUAUAGCAAUGUUUACGAAUAAGGAAUAAGAUUAGUGUUUCUGCUUUAUUCUGAAAAGAUUUAUUCACCUUUAACAUAUUCUUUAUCUUUUUUUGUGCUGUAACAUGCCAUGAAACUGAAAUCUUGUGCUUUUGGGAAAUGAUGAGUUACCGUCUUUUAAUUCUGGCCUUUGCCUGAUUUUAAGUGAAGUCACCAUGUACAUUGCAGUUGUUUUUUAGAGCACAUCGCACAGACGUGGAAUAAGUCCAGCUUCAGCUUUAAUUUAUUGUUUUGAUUUUCUGUACAGUCUGUCUUAAUGUAAAUUGCAUUCUGUUUAAAUGAUCAUCCUUUUCAUGCUGCCUGACAGUGAGGUAUGGGUCCUCCCAGAAGGGAGCACACAUCACAGAGGGUGGGAAGCGUGCAGGGCGGAGACAUGAGCUCCCCUGUUAAAAUCAGCCUUCACACUGAAGUCUGUGUCUCAGGGCUUUGGAUGCCAGAACCAAGCGUGGUCAUUACAGCCUGAAGACACAGCCAGACUGGACCUGAACAAGACCCACAGCUCAAGUCCCAGCAGGACUUGUGACCCAAGCUGGCUGAGCCCAAGGGCAUUUGACAAGAUCAGAAUCGUUUGGAGGAAUCAGUCAGGACCCAGAUUUUGCUAAACUGAAGAAAGGGUGAGGAUGAAGCCUGUGAUGCUGCUGACCCUUGCAAUCUGUGGGGUUCUGACCCAAGGAAACCACAUUGAAAGGAUCCAGGAAUGCAAUGCACAUUGCGCUGAGGGAAUCCACUGCAAAGCCAAACCCCACAUGUCCUUUGCCUUCUGUGAAAGUCCACGCAAGCGUCUCAUCAGCUCUGCCAUCCAUAGCGUGAACAUAUCCACGGUGAUGAAGUGUGAAAAGACGAAAAGAUGUUCUCUGCAUCUGAGUGUAACUUCCUUAAUACAGAUCAGUGAGCACCUCCGGGGCAUUACCGUUUGUGCUGCCUCUGUGGGGAUGCUGAGAAGUUGCAGGGAUGUUGUUUUCCCCAGAGGGACCAGAGAGAAGCUCGAUGGACAGAAGGUGGCAGUUAACCAUGGCUGCUUUAACAUGAGGCCCGACCAGCAGGUCCAUGUGACACUGAGAACCAUUCCCAGCUACUGCAACCUAACCUGGUCCCAGGUCUACAAUGUUCCAGGAUGUCACAAUAAUGACCUGAGAGAAAAUGUCCCAGAAUGCAUCACUGGGAAGAUUUCGUACAAUGUGGAUGAGGAGAGACGAAGGCUGUUGGUCAGCGUGUCAGGCAUGCUGGAGGACAGGGACUAUCACCUGAGACUGUGUCACAAGGCCUUUGUGUGCACAGCCACCGAGGAGCACGUACUGCUGCCAAAGGACAGUCCACACAAAAUUGCAACAUUUCAGUAUUCCAAAGCUUUGCCCUGCCUAUGCAUUGAGGGCUGGUCAUCCAUGGUUGAUGCCCCCAGAACUCAAGUUUGCCCGUUCAUAAAUCGUACAGAUGAGCUAUGGCAUGGACUGACCUUUGACCAUGAGGUGGAGGCGCUGUCUUGGGAACCCGCAUGUUCUGUGAAUGUAGUGGUGACUCUAUGCCAGAUGGCAGGAGAGCAUCUGUGCCACAAUCUAGUCAACUCCAGACAGGAAGUCCACAAGAAGAAGAAGGUGGUGUAUUCUAAAGUGGAUGCUCAUCCCAGACUUUGUGUCAAGUUCAGCACAGAUUUGGGAGACUGGAUUAAGUGUCCCUUUCUGAAAGGGAUUUUUCCAGUGUGGGACUUGACUUUACAAUGGGGUGCCGGUCACCCGCAAGCUGUCCUGACUUCCCAGAUCAACGCGAACCUCUCGCUGAGUCUGUGCCGGAAUACUAAGAACACCACGUGUGACAACAUUGCCUUGGUUUCCAUGGAGAAAGCAAAAUCUGUCGCCAUCAAUCUCACUGCUGAUGUUUGCAGACCUGAUGUCUGUGUUCAGGUGACAAGGACUGAUGUGGACUUCUCAUCCCAGGUUCUUCUCUGUGACCUCCAGUGCUCUGAUGGCCACCCGACCAGGAAGAAAAGUGACCAUGAAGAGCUUUUCUGGACACUGCUGCUGACUGCCAUCUACCUGACUGUCGUCGUCCUUGUUUUAUUCACAGGAUAUGUCACACUGAAAAUUUUUACCAAGAAACAGUAACGUGACAACACAGCGGCCCUCCAUCAUCUGAGUGUGGGCAGGUGAGCCAGUUCAUAGCAGGGAGAACCCAUACACUUUGCGCUGACUGGCACCAGUGACGACUGGAUCUUUUUUUACAGUCCUUUGAUCUCCAGCUGCAACCGUGCUCUUCUAAGCCAAGGAUGACCUUGCUAUUAUAUCCAACUGGCUGACGACUGCAAGAAAUUCCUCUCUGGUUGGCAGAUGUUUAUAUAAUGCUUUGACUGUGUGAGGAAUAGAGAGAGGGCAGUGGCAUGAAACCACAAACGUUCUCCCUUGCUCAACAGCUGGACAUGGCUGUCUUUGUGUCACUGCGGGCCCUGAAGGCCACCAGACCAGUUGCUUAGCUACAGGAGCACCAAAAGUUCGAAGACUGGUUGCUUAGCUACACUCUGCAGGGCGGUGUGGAGACGGACUAUGACAAGAGUGUGCUGUCCAGCUGGAAGCUGUCCCCUUGAGCCCAGUGAUGGACAUUUUCGCCCAGAACCCCCCUCCUAAAAUAAAGCUGGCUCGGAAGACACUGCCCUGCUUUUUGAAUGAGCACGGACAUAUCCGGAAGAUAAAAUAUGCAAAACUUUGCUAGGAAUAAACAAUGUGAAAGGGCACAGGGCACUUGCAUAUUGACUUCCCUUUGAAAAUGACAUUUGUAUGGUGGGAACCUGUAAACUUUAAUGCAAAAGGUAUGAUUGUGUUAUUUCUGUCAGUGAAUGAUAGAAAGAGCUUUGUGAACAGUCUCAUACUAGUGCUU